AUGAUUUUAUUCAAACUAUUUCUAUUUCUCUUUCUUCUAUUAAUUCCAUCAUCAAUUGUUUUUGCUCAAACAACAUCAUCUUAUACAGCUUAUCAAACAAGAUUUUCAUAUGUUACGUCAUGCCCAAAUAAUCAAUAUUAUGAUACGGCUCUAUUACAAUGUUCACCUUGUCCACCUAAUGCGAUACAAAAACAAAAUGAUCCAACACAAUGUGAUUGUAUCGAUAACACAUUUUAUUAUGGUGUAAAUCAAGGUGGUGGUUCAUUGCUUUGUUUACCAUGCAAUUCAACUUAUUUACGAUCAAGUGAUGGAUUUGGAUGUGUUACUAGAAAUAUUUCAUGCGGCUUAACAUGGCCAGAGAUGGUUAAAACGGAAUCAGACCUUGAUGGUAGUCUAUGGGUACCAAUUACAAAUUCUUCAAGUCAGCCAAGAAUUGGAAAUGCAUCUUGUGUUCCAUGUCAAAGCGGUACAUGGCCUGAUUCAUCUAGUCAACGAUGUACUCCAUGUGCUAGUAUUACUCCUCGACUUACAACAGCAUCGGGAAGUAGUAUCACAUGUUGCAAUAUUAGUGAAACUCAAGAUGGUAUCUGUUUAUCUUAUGUUAAAGAUACUACAAUCAGUGGUUUCCUCGAUCUAAAUAGAUUCACCAAUCCUACGUCAUCAUUAUUUAUUCGAGAACAUUUGACAGCAUCCUUUUUUCUUUGUCGAAUGAAUUUAAGUCCCUCGAUUAUACUAUCAAAUACACGUCGUCUUUUAUCAAAUGCAACAGCCUGUCAACUUUUAGCAAAUAUCGCUACAAUGCAAUUUUUUUAUGGUAGCAAUGGUUACGCAUACUAUUAUUAUGAUACUUAUAUAUGGAAUCCACAAGGAACAUCAUUUACAUGGACAGUUUUAAGUAUUCGAAUAUCUAUACCAUUUCUUACUUAUCCAUCAACAUAUUAUGAUGAAAUCAAUAUUGCAACAUACGAUUGGAUACCAGCAAAAUUUACUCAAAACGAUUUAAUGAGACUUAAACUAGCUAAAUAUUCUACAACUGGACAAUUUUUAGGUCUUGUUGAUGCUUUUGAUACUCAUAUGCAAUUUUGUGGAGGUGGUUAUACUGAUGGUCGAGCUGCUUUUACAUUUGGAACAGCAUAUAAAAAAUCAUGUACUAUUCGAGCUGAUGUAUUAUGGAAUUCGACAUUAUAUGAAACGGCUUUCUUUGAUCCAUAUGUUGUAUUCACUCAAAAUGGUACUGAUUAUAUGUUACCUUGUCCAGUUGUUGUAACAAAUUAUCAAUCAAUAAUUGGUAGUUUCCCUAAUCGAAAUUCUGAUGAAUCAUUAUGGACUUAUCAUCGUCGUUUUUUUCUACUUGAUCGUAUAUCAGGUAUCACAAUUAAUAAUGAAUUAAGAGGUAUUCAUUAUGCUAAAUCAAUUAAAAUUAUGACUACAUUAACAAGCGGAGAAGCAUAUAUUCAACCACCAGUUAUUAUUAUUCAAUAUGAUGAAUUAACUUCAACUGAUAUAGGCAAAGGAAAUUUUGUUCAGGUUACAUUCGAAUCUAAUUAUCGAAUGGAUCUUAAUAAACAUAUUAUGGAUAUAUGGAUUGCUUUUGGUGUAUUGGCUGGUUUGGGUAUUAUUCUUGCAUUCUUUCGAACAAUGAUUUGGUUUUCAAGAAGAUCAGUAAAUUCUAUUGAUUUAAUGACAAUUGGUAAAUUUGCACUUUAUUUAUGUAAUAUUCUUGGAACAGUCUUUUUUAUUGUUAUGGCGGGUGUUUCACUAUGGUGGUUAAUUUUUUUUAAAAGACAAGAUUCAAUAUCUCUUGUUAUGCCAACAAGUGCACAACAAGUAUCAUUUACAGUACUUAUUGUUAUUGGAUUUAUUUUUAAGACAUUCGAUAUUCUUCAUUUAAUUGGUCGUCAAGCAUCUGCGGAUGUAUUUUUUGUUGAUUGGGAAAAGCCCAAACCAGGAAAUAAAAAUACUGUUUCUAUAUGGCGAACAUAUUUUGUUGCAAAUGAAUUUCAAGAAAUUCAAACAUUUCGUCGUAUUAGUGUUACAUUUCAAUUAUUCUUUGUUUUAUUUUUACUUAAAGUUAUUAACUUAGAAAAUAUAGCUACUAUGGAACCAGGUGUAAAUCUUUUUCCAUCAACUUCUGAUUAUACACCUGAAUAUAAUGGUAUUCUUCGUGUUGGUAUUGCUUUUUCAAUGUGGCUGGCAACAGCUCUUGUUCAAUAUUUAGUUUAUGUAAUUUUCUAUCAACGUUUUAUUGAAGAUAGUAUACUUAAUUUUAUUGAUUUAUGUUCGGUAUCAAAUAUAAGUGUAUUUAUAUUAACCGAUGAUCAAUAUGGAUAUUAUAUUCAUGGUCUAUCCCCACAUGGAACAACUGAUGUUAAUAUGAAAGAAAUGAUAAUGAAUCUAGAACGUGAAUCAAAUCAAAUGAGUGGUACACGUGGUUUACAAGCAAAAUCUGACGAACAAACAUUUAUUGUUCAAUUCACUGGACACUUUCGUUCACAAUAUAAUGUUUUAAUUGGCAAUUAUCAAAGGCAAAAUAGUAGACGUGUACAAAAACGAACGGAUGAAAAAGAUGCAGAACUUUUAAUGAGAGCGUAUCAAAGUAUAAAUGAAUUUUUAUGUGCAUUCAUUACUCGUUCAUUACCAAAUGAUCAGUAUACUAUUCAAAGACGACGAUUUUUAGGAAAACUUCUGAAUUAUGAUUUCCAAACUUCUGCUCUAAUUGGAAUGGCAGAAGAAGCGCUAGAAAGUCGAUUUUUUAUUGAUGAUGAAAAAAAUUUUACCGCAGCAUUGUUUACUGGUCAUGAAAAUUCAUUAUUUGUAUGGAAUAUGGCAACAUUUCUUUUUAUUGAUUAUUUCGCAUUUAAUUAUGUAUUAGCAGCAAUUAUUACAUAUCUACUAAAUUUGAUUGCAGUUAAAAUACGUUUAUCAUUUGGACGAAGAAAUUUAUCAAGAAAAACAUUAAUUCCCAAGAACUUUCUUAUUUAA